AUGGCUAGCAACAACCAUUUUGGGAUGGUGGGUCGCUGGCACGAGCCUAAUUCUCAAGACUUGAAUGACUUGGAAGGGAUGGUUCUCCCGGGAGAUCGACUGGAGUUCAGCCGGGCAGGUGAAUGGUAUGCACACUGGGGUAUAUACGUCGGUGAAUACAAUGGGAUGGAGCACGCUGUCAUCCACUUCGGGAUGUUUGAAGGAGGGACAGCCUUCUCCAAGAAGAAGAUGUCAGGCAGUGCGGUUUCUGCGAGUAGCAAGCCCGAGGUACGAGCUGACUCCAUUCGGGAGGUGCUGGGCACGUCGGGCAAAGUGAGAAUCAACAACUCUAAGGACAAAGCGAAAACUCCUUUGUCUGCCCACGCUGUUGUGAGAAGGGCAAAGAAAAUGCACCGAGAGAGAGUAGCCAUUGAUUAUAAUCUUAUCAAAAGCAACUGCGAGCACUUCGUGAAUCUUUGCCGGUACGACAAUCCAACCAGCGAUCAGGUGGAUGCGGCAUUUACGGGGGCAAGGACUGGUUUUGGCGUAGCAG